AUCCCUUGCUCCAUCCCACAGCUAGGGUUUUUCAGGGUUCGCUUCUACUCGCUGCUUUUGUGCCACCUGCGCCCCCCCCGAUCUCGUCGUCAGAGCGAAGCAGGGAAAAAUAAUGGCGGAGAAGGCGGUGACGAUUAGAACUCGGAAAUUCAUGACCAAUCGUCUUCUCUCCCGCAGGCAAUUCGUCAUCGAUGUCCUUCACCCCGGAAGAGCUAAUGUCUCCAAGGCGGAGUUGAAGGAGAAGUUGGCAAAGCUUUAUGAGGUGAAGGAUCCGAACACGAUCUUUGUUUUCAAGUUUCGGACUCAUUUUGGAGGAGGGAAAUCUACCGGUUUUGGGUUGAUUUACGACUCGGUGGAGAACGCCAAGAAGUAUGAGCCCAAGUAUCGGCUCAUCAGGAAUGGGCUUGCCACAAAGGUUGAGAAGUCAAGGAAGCAAAUGAAGGAAAGGAAAAACAGAGCAAAGAAAGUCCGAGGUGUCAAGAAGGCGAAAGCUGGAGAUGCUGCGAAGGCUGGGAAGAAGAAGUGAACGGAUUCUUCACUUGUUUUCAUUGCAUUGCCAUCUUGUCUCUGUGACUUGCUAGAAUUAAAAUUUUAGAGUUAUUAAUUUUGCUAAUUUUGGAAUAUGAGUUGGGUUUUAGUCUUGUAAGGAUGCAGUGUAUUACCAGAAUUUAAACUCCAUUUUGCAAUGUUUAUUUUAAGUAACCUUUUAGACGUGUUGAAGUUAAAGAUUUUUGCAAGAUGCUAUACAUGUUUUGAUCCAAACCGCUAAUUCCAAGUAUUGUUGU